GUAAGCAAUGAAAACUACACGCUGUUGGACGUCUCUUCUGCUUACUCCCUCAUGAGAGGGGUGAACGCCUCGCUGAUCGCUGACUCCUCGCCUAUAGUGAGGGCGCAGAUGUACCACGGAAUCGGCGUCGAGUUCUGUCACCAUGAAUUGAAUUUGCCUCAGGUGAAGGAAUGGGUAAGCGAGAAGCACGUAUUCGACCUGGUGGUGAUGGAGCGGCUGCCCUACCAGUGCUUCUACGGGCUGCUGCACAGCGCCGGCUACCCCCCGCUGGUGGGCAUCCUCACGCUGCCGGCCAUGGUCCCGGCCUACUACACCAUCGGCAACCCGACCAACCCCGCCUACCUGACAGACAUCUUCGUCAGGUACUCGGACCACAUGAGCUUCUGGGAGAGGCUCUGCAACACCCUCUUCCACGUGCGCUUCCUGCACUACUGGUUCUACACGGUGCUGCCGGAGCACGAGGCCCUCAUGAGGAAGUACCUGGGCCCUGAACCCAAGUCUGUGUACGAGGUGGAGCGCAACUUCAGCAUGAUCCUGAUGACUGUCCACUUCAGCGGAGACUACCCGCGGCCCCAUCUGCCUAGCAUCGUCGAAGUCACUGGACUGCACGUCUCCAACAAAACCAAGCCACUGCCAAAGGACAUUAAGGACUUCUUGGAUGGGGCGAAGCACGGAGUGAUCUACUUCAGCCUGGGCUCGAACGUCAAGAGCGCCACGCUGCCUGAGCACAAGAAGCAGGCGUUCAUCGACGCUUUUCGCGAGCUGCCUCAGCGAGUCAUAUGGAAGUUCGAGGAGGACACUCUUACCAACCUGCCUCCCAAUGUCCUCGUACGGAAGUGGCUGCCGCAGCAAGACAUCCUCGCGCACCGCAACGUGAAGCUGUUCGUGAUGCAGGGCGGGCUGCAGAGCCUGAACGAGGCGGCGCUGCGAGCCAUCCCGCUGGUCGGCAUCCCCUUCUUCUCGGACCAGGAGCACAACUGCGGCAAGAUCGUGUCCGCCGGCAUCGGCGUGCGCCUGCGGCACCGACACAUCACCAAGGAGGCCGUGCUGCGCGCCGUGCGCACCGUACUCGAGGACCGCACGUACUCCGAGAACAUGAAGCAGUACUCGAAGCUGUUCCGCGAGCACUGGGAGACGUCCCUGGACAAGGCGGUGUGGUGGCUGGAGUACAUGAUCCGCCAUAAGGGAGCGCCGCACCUGCGCAGCGCCGCCCUGGACCUCCACUGGUGGCAGCUGCUCCUGUUGGACGUCAUCGGCUUCAUCCUGCUCGUGGCUGUAGUUGCAGUCACUGUCGUGUGCUUUGUCCUGCGGUGGACAGUCGCCCUCGUAUUCAGGUCAAAACGAGAUAAAGCGAAGACACAGUGAGGAAAAAAUGUGGACUCGUUUCUAGGUCACUGUGUGUCGGUGUGAUAUCUGUAACACAACGUCUUUGUGUUUUGAAGCUCUUGGCCCUAGUUUACACUAUUGUGAGUGUUACUGUUUACCGAACUGGUCAUGUUUAAUUCACAUUUCCGUAUCAUCUGAAUCAAUGCUGUUGCGAGCUAGUAUUCAUUUUAUUGUAAUGGUUCAUAUUGAAAUUUAUCGUAUUAAUAUUUUUAGUCUCUUGACAAAGAAAGGUACCGGACAUCAAUUUCUUUAGGUAAAUGUUUGGAUCGUUUUGGGUGCCUCCUUCAAUACACAAAUAUCCUCCAUCAGAUAUUGGCAAGAGAUGUUUUGUGGUCCACAGUUUGUAAAUAUUCAUGUCUAGACGUGAAUUAUCUCUCUCAGAGAUAGCAAGAGUCCUGUAAUAUAAGAUUCUUUGCCCUUAGUGUAAGUUUCAUAUUUUCAUCCUGCAAAAGUAAUGUCCAAUGUGGCCAAGAAGUAUGGCUGUUCAUCUGUAGCCAGUUGUAACUUCCGCACAUGAUGAACUAUGUACCUCAGAGGUACAGAUCUGGACCCUAUCGUGAUUACAUAGACAUGGUUAUGAUUAUAUUUUAAAUAUCCAAAGGAUGCUGUGUUCUCUAGGCUCACAUCAAUUUUAAAAUGACAGAGAUUUUACAGUUGACACAUACACAUCAUUGAUAUAGUGCAUACAAUAUGUAAGUAACUUUACAUGUCAACUGCAAUAUGUACAGGAUGUUCUUCUGUUACUGACAUCUCUGUGCACACAUUCAUUUGUUUGUCCUCUGUAUGAAAUGUCACUGGAGUAUUUGCUUGAAUGUUGGUCUCGCAAUUAAAUAUUUUUACAUGCAGCUUAUAGUGUACAGCAAGAUGUCUUUUCACUUGUAAGAGACUUCACUGCAAAUCAGUUUCAAAAUAAUAGUAUUUUUUGCAUCCUGUACACUGGUAUUGCAGAUGACUGAUGUGUCAGAUAUUACUUGAAUUAUAACUCUGUAAUAAAUGGUACUACAUGGUACGCUCCAUUGCUAGUUCUUCCACUUGUUUGUCUGUUCCCUUUCAGUUUCACUUCUAGGCUACGUUCGUGAGUGUAAAAUUAUUGUCCAGAGAUGUACCUGUUUAUUGCAGUUUGCUAUGAUUUGUUUUUAUUGACCUGCUAUCCUUUAGAUUUGAAUAUACUUCCUGGCAAAGGUGUUAUUACUUGUAAAUUAAAAGAUCGAAAUAUUUGUAGUGUGUAAUGAGUUCCUACUGCCUAGUCAAAAACAUUCAUUGAAGGGUACGGCAGUAUUGUGAUUUGUAGGUUUAAAAUGCUCUUAACAAUGUAAAACCUUUAAGCUGUGAUAUCUUUUUCAUAAUAAGUACUGUAAAUUAGCAAAUGUGAAAUAAAUUUAAUGAUUAUUA